CCUCCUGCUGCUUCAUCUUUAUCCUCAGUGUGAGGCACCAUGCUCCGCGGCUCCGCUCUGCUCCUCCUCCUCCUCUGCUCCUCCUCCGCCUUCGAGCCUCUGCCGGAGGAGGCGGCUCCCCGCCGGGCCCGUUUCUCCGCCAACAGCCCGACUGAUGUGGCCAGAUGUUUGAGCGGCGCCGUGACCGUCGGCUGUGGGUUCUUCUCCUGUCUGGAAAACUCCACCUGCGACACCGACGGGAUGCACGAGCUCUGCGAGCUGUUCCUGCACACCGCCGCAAGCUUCAACACCGAGGGUAAGACGUUCGUCAAGAAGAGUCUGCACUGCAUGUCUCAGGGAAUUUCGGGCAAAGUCUUCCAGUCCAUCCGCCGCUGCAACAUCUUCCAGAGGAUGAUCGCUGAGGUUCAAGAAGAGUGCUACACCAGCCUGGACAUCUGCACUGUGGCUAGGACUAACCCUGACGCCAUUGGAGAGGUGGUGCAGGUGCCUACUCAUUUUCCCAACAGGUACUACAGCACCCUGCUCCAGACGCUGCAGGCCUGCGACGAGCAGACGGUGGUGGCGGUGAGGGCCGGGAUCGUGUCCCGGUUGGGCCCCGACAUGGAAAUCUUCCUCCAGCUCAUCCAGAACAAACCCUGCACCGCAGAAUCCGGCUCAGCCGCCUACAAUAACCCCUCAAGCUGGAGGAACAUGCCCGUGUUCAACAUCCAGCCGGGCUUCAGAGGCCGAGACCCCACUCACCUGUUCGCCAGGAGGUCCGUAGACAGCCAGGAGGAAGAAGACGGAGUUAAAGCCCACGAGUAGUUGACGCAGCUUGAUAUAAACACACAGCCAGCCCUGACUACACAAACAUCAGUCCAGCCACCGACUGACUAUAAAAGCAACUUAUUAUUAUAAUGCAUAUUUAUUUUUAUUAAGUUAAUUUAUGCAGGAGGACAAGAGGCCGCGGAGGUGAGGAGAUGCUCUCACGCUGGCCGUGGAGCUCAUUUACUCCGUGUUGCUCAUCUGUGCUGUCUCUGGUUCUGUGUUAGAAAUAAACAAUGUGAUGUGAUGGC